AACUCGCGAUUUUCACUGGGCCUGCUCCAUGGCUCCGCGGUACCGCGGUCAUGAGCUUUGCGGCCCCGGAGGUGGUCUCUUUUGCGUGUGCCCUGCGCAUUUUCAUUGCCCCCCCAAGUAUCACCAAAUAAACGCGCCGUGUGCGCGGCUUGGCGCAUCUUCUCUCUCUGUUCUCAUCUCGUCACGCUUUGCCAAGCCACGCUCUUACCAGCCUUCUUAACUGGCCGUCCGCCGUCUGUCGUCUGUCACCUGUCGCCUGUCAAAUUCAUCUUACAAAUAUCUCUUACUCGCUGUCAUGCCGAGUUUAAUACUGGGUCACUACGCUUCAAUCACGCUUCACGAAUAUCUCGUAUUCAUGCACAGAUCACGGCGACGACGACGACGUUCACGUUACGACUUUCCGCGUUUUUCAUUUUCAUUUUCGAAAUUGUUUUUCCUAUCGCGAAUAUCUUGCGUUUCGUCAUGCGUGGGAAUCCCAAAUUUAUGCGCGGGAAAUGCUUUCAUCUGAAACUCGUUGUUUAUGUUUUUAAAAUUCAACCUAUAUAUAGUAUCAUCAUUCUGGAUUCUUAUCUACUCUACUUUAUCUUUAUCAUGCAGAGAAGGUGAUGUAGAAGAAAAAUCAAAAAUCAAAGAUUGGCAUUUGUUUCUACGGGGCAUUGCAAUAUAAUUGAAGACAAAACGGGUGACGAAGACAAGAAGAUGGUUUCUCUGCCCAGUGCAGAGUCUGGUACAAUGGACAGAAUCUCAGAUGAUGAUGAUGAAGAGCCAAGUAGUGGAUCUGAAACAUAUGAGGAAGGUGAUCUUAUGACUGCUGCCAUGGAUGAUGAUGUGACGGCCCAGCUCGCCGCUGCAGGUUGGCAAAUCAAACACGCUAAUGGCCCUGUUGGCGUAGCUGCAGCUGCUGCCAUUGUCUCAGCAAAAAAGAGGAAACGACCUCAUAGUUUUGAAACAAAUCCUAGCAUUAGAAAGAGACAGCAAAACAGACUUUUAAGAAAACUCAGACAAACUAUAGAUGAGUUUGCAACGCGAGUUGGACAACAAGCAGUAGUAUUAGUAGCUACUCCAGGAAAGCCAAACAGUAGUUAUAAAGUAUUUGGAGCAAAACCGUUAGAAGAUGUAGUAAAAAAUUUAAGAAAUGUUAUAAUGGAAGAACUUGAAAGUGCGCUUGCACAACAAGCUCCACCACCAGUACAAGACGAUCCAUCUUUAUAUGAAUUACCACCUCUUAUAAUAGAUGGCAUACCGACACCUGUGGAAAAAAUGACACAAGCUCAACUUAGAGCAUUCAUCCCAUUAAUGUUAAAGUAUUCUACAGGCAGAGGUAAACCCGGUUGGGGAAGAGAUAGUACACGACCUCCAUGGUGGCCGAAAGAACUUCCUUGGGCAAAUGUACGCAUGGAUGCAAGAUCUGAAGAUGAAAAACAAAAGAUUUCUUGGACACAUGCAUUAAGACAAAUUGUAAUAAACUGUUAUAAAUUUCAUGGAAGAGAAGAUCUUCUACCUGCAUUCAGUGAAGAAGAUGAUAAAUCAAAUGUACUAAUACAACAAUCAACUCCUCAUUCCUCAUCGCAUCCAUCGCAUUCAUCCAGUCAAGGACAAGGUGGACAAUCGCAACAACAACAGCAGACGAUGACGGCCCAAUAUCCUACGGCAGUUUUACAAACAAUAACAAAUCCUGAUGGUACUGUAUCAAUUAUUCAAGUUGAUCCUAGUAACCCAAUAAUUACGUUACCAGAUGGUACAACAGCACAAGUUCAAGGUGUUGCUACCAUUCAUACAAGUCAAGGGGAAGUUCAAGCACUUGCUGAAGUAGCAGGCAGUGCGGAAGGUACUAGCGUUGCUGUCGACCUAAACAGUGUUACAGAAGCAACAUUAGGUCAAGAUGGUCAAAUCAUUCUCACAGGAGAAGACGGACACGGCUAUCCUGUUUCCGUCUCAGGAGUAAUAACAGUACCAGUAUCUGCUAGUAUGUAUCAAACUAUGGUUGCCAAUAUUCAAAGUGAUGGUACAAUGCAAGUAGUCACACCAAUGGUUCAAGUCCCAAAAGUUGAGCCCGGAAAUGGAGAAACUAGCAUUGAAGCUGUCACUAUUCAAGGGCAUCCUAUGACAAUGAUAAACGCUGCAGGUGAACAUCAAGUUCUUCAAGUGAUAUCAUUAAAAGAUGCUAAUGUUCUUACGAAGGCUAUGCAAGCCGAAGUUGUAAAAGACGAAGAUAGUCAACAACAACAAACCGUCUCUAGUCCAGAAUAAAGCGUUUUACAUAGUUAAUAAAGCUUUUAUGUUAACACCAAAAUGCGACAGGUGCACAUUAGUGGUGUUCAUGAGAGAAAGAGUGAGAGUAUUAGAAAUGAUAUGUGUUAUUAAUAUUAAGGAAAAUGAUUGUGUCUUUUCUGAAUCAUUGUGUAGUGCGUCCUCUUGUUGAGAAACAAUAACGAAUAGCGAAUAUGUUUGGAGAGUGAAAAUGAUUGAAUGUUUGAUGAUUCAUGAGACUUGAAUGUAAUCAUAUUUGUAUUCAAGAUUCAUUGUAGACACUUAGAAAUAUCACUUGUAAUUCAAUUUCUCAAAGAUAGUACUAAUUUUUAGAAAGUACUGCGUUCGAUGAAAAAAAAACCGUUGAAUAUGCAAGUUUCAUCGAUAUAUUUAUAAUGACAGUAUCCGCCGUCUGGAUAUUUAAUAUUUCCAAUAAGCAAACACGGAUACAAAUAUUUUCGUCUAGUCUUAGUGUCGGGUCUUUAAGAAUGAUCGAUAUACCAAAGAAAUUAAAAUUUGUUUUAAAUUAUUUAU